AUGAAUACCCGGAGCUUCUUAUCUUUGCUUUUUCUCUCUCUUUUCAACACCAACAUAUCUGCUCAUUUCUUUCCCAACAUAUCUUCAAUACCCCCUUCUUUCAUCCCCAAUACCACCGCCGGCGACUGGGCAAGUUUUAACAAGCUUCUGGGCUGCCACACCGGCCAGAAAGUCGACGGCGUAGCCAAACUCAAGAGAUACUUUCAGUACUUUGGUUAUUUAAACAGCUCCACCAACUGCACAGACGAUUUCGACGACGUUUUCGAGUCAGCUCUCAGAACUUACCAGCUCAACUUCAAUCUCAACGCCACCGGCGAACUCGACGGACCAACGCUUAAAAAACUCGUAUCACCCAGAUGCGGAAACGCAGAUAUAAUCAACGGCACAAGUUCGAUGAACUCCGGGAAAGGACCGUCUGCGACUCCGAUCCACCUUAGCACUGUCUCUCAUUACACUUUCUUCCCCGGCACACCACGGUGGCCGGCUAGUAGGACCGAAUUAAGCUACGGGUUUUCGCCAGAUAAUCAAAUCUCCGACACUGUAAAAAACGUGUUCUCAGGCGCCUUUGAAAGGUGGUCGGAAGUGACGCCGUUGACUUUCACGGAGACGACUUCGUUUUACACGGCCGACAUCAAAAUCGGCUUCUUCGCCGGCGACCACGGAGAUGGAGAGCCGUUUGAUGGGGUUUUGGGGACAUUAGCUCAUGCGUUUUCGCCACCGAGUGGGAGGCUACACUUAGACGACGACGAGAACUGGGUGGUCGACGGCAACUUUAUCGAUGCUCCGUCGGGGACAUCCGCCGUCGAUUUGGAGUCUGUGGCGGUCCAUGAAAUCGGGCAUUUACUGGGUUUGGGUCAUUCUUCGGUUGAAGAAGCGAUAAUGUACCCGACUAUAUCGUCGGGUUCCCGAAAGACUGAGCUUGCCAACGAUGAUAUAGUGGGGAUCCAGGUUUUAUACGGGGCUAACCCGAAUUAUAAUGGGACAUCCACUUUAACUCCGGCACAGAGAGAUACAAAUGGGGCCCACUUUUUGGGUCCAUUUUGGGAUCUUUGGUUUUUAAUAUCACUUGGAUUUGUGUUAUUUCUUUUGUAA